UCAGUUCUCACUCGAGUUUUGGCGGCAAGAGUAGAGAGUUUGUUAUUUCUUCCUCACAGACUCAAGACGCCGCCCCCACAAAGAACUCUGAAAUUCCCAUCCAAGAAAAUCCAUUUCCCCUCUCUUUCUCUCUACCAUGGCUAAGCUCAGCCUCCCAGUGCUCUUCCUCCUGCUCCUCACCGCCGUUGUCGCCGCCGCUCCAUCCGGCCGUCGCAACCACUCUCAUUCUCACCACAUCCACCCUCGCCCCCACCACCACCCUCGCAAUCGCAACUCCACCGCAUCCGCGGCUUUUCCUCCACCGCCACAAUCCUCGCUGGCGGCGCCGCCGCCGAACUCCGCCGCCUCCCGCCAAGAGCAAAUCAGGAACAUCAUCGGCGCACUGAUCGGCGCCGGAGACUUCAACAGCUGGGCGAACAUCCUGUCGAUUAACACACCGACCUACUUCCCUAUCUCCGCCACUUUCUUCAUCCCCGCGGACGAUUCCCUCGUAACCGCCUCCGGCGACGCAGCAUUCAGCGACCCGCUCGUCUUUCCUUAUCACAUCGUCCCCCAGCGACUCGCCUUCGCCGAUCUCCGCCAGUUCAAGCCGCUCUCCCGCCUCCCAACUAUGCUCGUCCCCAAAACGAUCCUCAUCACCAACAAUUCCGCCGCCAAUUUCACCCUCGACGGCGCCCUCCUCUCCCACCCUGAUUUGUUCACUUCCCCUGCCGUCGUCGUCCACGGCAUCGCCAAUCUCAUGGACUACUCCAUCUACGGCGAUGGUCCCCUCCAGGGAAACUCCGACCAGCCGCAGCCGCAGCAGAUGCAGGCGCCGCUUCAGGUAUUGGGGAAAUCGCCACCGGCGCUGUUCGUCCCCGCCGCCGGCGAAGUAAACGGGACUCAUCCUGAGGCAGAAUCGGGAGCAGAGUGCUUACGCGCCGUGGUUUGGGGUAUCUUCUUGGUCAUUCUUUACGCUUUUCUGGCGUGAUUUCAUGGGCUGAAUCAUUUUUUACCCUGCUCUUUAGUGCGCAAAACAGAAUUACAGAUCCUCUGUUCCUUACCGUGUUGAUGGUUCACCUAAUCCGUUGACAGACUGAUUUCAUCAGUUCACAGUGUAGAUUUCAGACAGAUUUUCAUCAGUUUACAGUUUAGAUUUCUAUGGGAGAGGCAAAUAGUGGGAUACCAUAUUAGAUUGACUCUGGCUGGUAUGUCGAUUACGGUGUAACCCAAUGUACUGAAAUCAUUCGGAGGAAGACUUCGUAUCAGUAAAAGAUGACAGCUUUC